GCAAAGAUGUUCCUCUGACUGGUUUCGCCACAAACAAGUAGAUCCCUCUCCAGGCCAGGGUGUGGACCGAAGCAAUCCGUCCCUUCAUCUCCUCCUUCCGGCAGACGCUAGAUUUUCCCAUUUCAGCAGGGAUAAUGAGAGAGUGAUUUCCUGGAGACGAGAGACAGAGAGAGAGAGAGAGAAGAGGCUGUGCUGGGCAGAGGACGGACACGCCAUGGCUUACCGAUUCACAGAAGCAGAACUCGACGUGGUCAAAGAGGCCUUCGCACAUUUCGACACGGACGGCGAUGGGGUGAUCACUUCGUCGGAGAUGGGAGAGGUAAUGCGCUCCCUCGAGCACGUGCUGGUCAACCUGAGGGAGAGGUUCACGGACGAGAAGGUGGAGGAGAUGAUGAAACAGGUGGACGCCAACUCGGAUGGGAAAGUCACCUACGAGGAGUUUGAGAAGCUGAUGGUGGCCAGAGACCCCCGAGGCCCUCCAUUCUAGCGGAGCUGAGACUUCGGUUUACCCGCUGGCUGAAAUUUGCAGAGAAAUGCUAUGCGUCUCGCCACCAUCCCCGUCGACACUUAAGACCCCGAACUGCAACCUGAGAACUGGAGGAGCUUGCAGAGGAACAUUCCCGAGCGGCUUCCUCUUCGCGGCCAGGUUGAAGGAGGCACGCCUGAGAGAAAGAUCUGGGGCAGAUGCUCCUUGUUGACAGUGCUGUCUCUGGCCCCAGGGGAAAAUAAAUUCAUGGUACUCUU